GCGAACAGCAGACAGGCAUUUGAGAUUCUAUACAGCGGGAGAAUAUAGUGUUGGCAACGCUCUUUAAACCUCCAACAUUCCUCGACAUGCAGUUAUGAUUUUGUGGAAUUGACAACAAAGAACAGUGGAUUGGAGAAGGAUUGACAUAUCAGUACAAAGAAACUAAGAGAGUCACCUACUCCAAGCAGUGUAGAGGGGGAAACCAACUACUGCAGCACCAUGGCUGACCCAAUAAAACUGGCUGACCCAAAGCUGGCUGAACUAAGAGACAGCAUGGCAGAUUUUACAGUUCAGACGGCCAAGCACUCCAACUCUCCAAUCUCCUCCACUCCCCUGCGGCCGCCCAGCGAGCAGCAGUCCAAGGACCGGGCCUCCAAAAGGCUUUCCUCCGAGUCCAACGGGACCAGCGAGGGUGGGGCAGGGUCGCGGACGCCCGUGGAGAUAACCGCACUGGAGGAGUCGUUCCGGCGCUUUGCCAUCCACGGCGACACACGUGCCACAGGAAAGGACAUGCAUGGCAAGAACUGGUCCAAGCUGUGCAAGGACUGCGGCGUCAUCGACGGAAAAACUGUCACCCUCACGGACGUGGAUAUCGUCUUCACUAAAGUCAAGAAGAAAUCCUGUCGCACCAUCACGUUUGACGAGUUCAAGGCAGCGGUGGGAGAGCUGGCCAGCAAGAGAUUCAAGGAGAAGACGGGAGAGGAGGCGGAGGGGGAGGUCUUCAGGAUGAUUGAGGGGAAGAAACCGGUCAUUAAAGGAGUCACGAGAGCGGUGGCUUCUCCGACCGUGUCUCGUCUGACGGACACGACCAAGUUCACUGGGUCACACAAGGAGCGCUUUGACGAGAGUGGCCGUGGGAAGGGGAAGGCAGGUCGCGUGGACAUGGUGGACACAUCCGGGUACGUCGCAGGAUACAAACACCUCGGGUCAUAUGAGAAGAAAGUCACCAAGCCCACCGGGUCCCCUGGAGGAGGGCCCCCUGGAGCCGGGCACUCUGGAUCCGGGCCCCCUGGAGCCGGGCCCCCUGGAGCCGGGCCCCCUAGAGCCGGGCCCCCUGGAGCCAAACCAGUGUGAAGAAAGUAGAAAAGAAAGAAAGAAACAGAAACAUAAGACCAACUACUAGGAUAAUAAUUUUCUAAAGAAAGAACUCCAUGAAAGCACAACAAAAAGAUAGGAUUUCAUAUUUUCUCACCCAUCUUGUUUUCUUUUUGCGAGUGGGAUGUUUUGAGUUCCUCUCUUUUUUGUUAUGUGUGAGAACUGGAAAACUGUUUACAUCAAUUUUUACAGCUGGUACAUUCCUGACAGAUCGCAAGUUACUGCCAAAUGUUAAAAUGAACCCACCAACCAACAAGGGAAACAACUGUUUUGCUCUGCAUUUUUUGAAACCUCUUUAUGAUGAUAGGGCCUUCACAUAGGUAUUAUAAGCACUAUGAAUAACACCAUGCCAAGAAAAACAAAUAAGAGGGAAGAAAGGGUUCGCCAAAUGAUUUAACAAGAUUGCACUUUGCUUUAGAUUAGGCCAUAGCUUCUUUUCCCAUUUUUAGUUGAAGAAAUACAUCCUUCAUUUCAUACUUUUUAGUUAAUUGAAUGUCUAUUGGCAUAAACUGGUGAAGUAGAUAUACUGGUAGGUUGUUUAUAUUGAUCAAACCAUCUUCAAUAUCAACUUUCUGCCUUUCCUCUGGUCAAUGAAGUCUGCUGUUACGAGUCUUCGUCUACUGGCUGUCUGUUCUCCUUUAUACUUCAUCAUAGUUUACACAUAUUGAUGACAACAUAGUUUGCCUUCAAUUGUUCUUAAAAUAACUAAACCUUUAAACAGGAAAUGUAGAAGUUCUGUGUCUUCCUGUCUUUAGCUACGUUUAUCAUAUGAAUGAUAACAUUUUAUUCUUGUUCAUUCUACUGUCAGAUAUCAGGUGUGUUACCUAUGAGUCUUAACUUCCCUUUCUUGUGAAUCUUGCUUUUAUAAACGUUCUGUGAAGUUAUAUCGAUACUGUACCUGUAUGUGUUUACAACACAAGGAGAAGAAUAAUGCUAGAAUUAUUUCAUAUCCUAAGGCCACGUCUGGUCUGGUUCAUUCUGAAACCCUCAUCAAUUAUUUACACCCAACAUAUUAAAUAAGAUAAUAGGUAAAUGACCCUGAAAUUAUUAUCUAAUCAUUCAUCUAAAUCGCACACACCAAUUUGAUAAGGCUCCACAGUUUGUUCGCACACUGUCGGUUGUAAGAGCUGGACCUCUGAAACUAAGAGGUGAGCUGGGUCGUUCAGGUUUGUAUUUUUCAAUAUUUAACUGAUAUGAUAUUGCCGUCAGAUUUCUAUAGUUGUAAUAUAUUGGUGGUAAGAGUGUGUAUAUAUCUAAAUGUGUGGCCGCAUGGCUUCAUUUAAGACACUGACCUGCGUUUUGUUUUUCUUGUCUUGCUGUAUCUUAUGCAUGAAGUAAUGGAAUGCUACUACUUUACCAUUAACAAUAUGAAACAGACAACAUAUUUCAGAGGUCUCAUUUCAACUGCUGUGUCAGUGACUCGGUUAUAGUGACUUGCUCUGCUCCUACGUUCUGGCAGAGUAGUCAGACCAAUAGAAUUAAAACUAAAACAACUUCACUUUGACAGGAGGACCAAGUUGUGGUUAAAUUAUGAGUGUACAGAGACCAUAGAGAUCCUAUAAAUGACUAUGUAUAGACUAAGAAUGUCCAAGGGGACAUUUAUGGCCAAGGAGUUGGGUGACAUUAUCAGGUGAUAUCAUUGACCGUACAUGCAGAAAAAAUCUAUAGCUUGGUGGAACCAACCUGAUCGCUGCGUUCACUAUGAAAGAGAAUGAUGAACCAGCCUGAUCGCUAUGUUCACUAUGAAAGAGAAUGAUGAACCAGCCUGAUCGCUAUGUUCACUAUGAAAGAGAAUGAUGAACCAGCCUGAUCGCUGCGUUCACUAUGAAAGAGAAUGAUGAACCAGCCUGAUCGCUGCGUUCACUAUGAAAGAGAAUGAUGAACCAGCCUGAUCACUGCGUUCACUAUGAAAGAGAAUGAUGAACCAGCCUGAUCGUUGCGUUCAUUAUGAAAGAGAAUGAUGAACCAGCCUGAUCGCUGCGUUCACUAUGAAAGAGAACUAUGAAAGAGAAUGAUGAACCAGCCUGAUCGCUAUGUUCACUAUGAAAGAGAAUGAUGAACCAGCCUGAUCGCUAUGUUCACUAUGAAAGAGAAUGAUGAACCAGCCUGAUCAUUGCGUUCACUAUGAAAGAGAAUGAUGAACCAGCCUGAUCAUUGCGUUCACAAUGAAAGAGAAUGAUGAACCAGCCUGAUCACUGCGUUCACUAUGAAAGAGAAUGAUGAACCAGCCUGAUCACUGCGUUCACUAUGAAAGAGAAUGAUGAACCAGCCUGAUCACUGCGUUCACUAUGAAAGAGAAUGAUGAACCAGCCUGAUCGUUGCGUUCACUAUGAAAGAGAAUGAUGAACCAGCCUGAUCACUGCGUUCACUAUGAAAGAGAAUGAUGAACCAGCCUGAUCGCUGCGUUCACUAUGAAAUAGAAUGAUGAACCAGCCUGAUCGUUGCGUUCACAAUGAAAGAGAAUGAUGAACCAGCCUGAUCAUUGCGUUCACUAUGAAAUAGAACCAUGAAAGAGAAAUGAUGAACCAGCAAUCAGUCUGGUUCCACCAGGCUACAAAAUCAAAUGUCAGCCAUUUGAAUUGUAUCAAAUGGAUGCAUAUCAAACGAGAAGGUUUUACAUUCUAAAUGAAAAAGACUACUAUGCCAUAGAUACUACAGUUAAGUACAUAUGACUAGUGACUUCAUCAGUAUUGUUUGUGACCCUUGAACUCUUGUCUUUGAAGAAGUUUUAGAGAAACCUUUUUAGUGUAAACACUUAUCCUGACACUUUCUACAGCACACAUUCAACAGAAUACAAAAGGCAGGGUAAUAUAGUACUGUAAUAUUUGAUGGACAUACUGUAUGAGGUGAAGGGGAUGAACAAAGUAGACUUUUGUAGGACAUAUAUUUUUCCAGCAUAAUGACAUACUGUUGCUUUCAUACUGGCCACCCUACCUUAGCCUCUGCUGACCAAUAAGAAUCAUUCGUUGAUUGAGAUCAACACCUGUUAACUAGUUGAAUCGUAAUCACUUUAGUAUGAUUUGUCUUGUGUGCUUAAUGCCAAAUACUGUGCACCUUUUCGUGUGGAGAAGCAAAUCCUUCUUAUUUUUUCAAAAAAUAACUUGUUAAUGUACGAUGAUUGUGACCUGGUGCAUGCUUUGUGUUUUGGUUCUUGUUCUCGAGACCUGUGUGUUCAUGAUUUGUAGCAUUGUUGAAAAUAAAAACUCCCCAUCCUGAAGAAUCA